AUGAGUAUCGAGGUCUCCCUUUCUCCAAGCCAGUCCGGAUGGCACUUCCCAGCCGACAAGCAGCUCGACUUUUUUACAUCGAGUCUGCCUGUAUCUGGAUAUUCAGCUCAAAACACCAAGGACGAACCCUCGAUACCUGAGUUACCUCUGUUCGCCGAAGCUAGAUCUCACGCUCUUGCAGACCCCCACAAGGUUGCCGUCGUCGACAAGACCAAAGACCAGAGCUUUACUUUUGUCCAACUCCUGAAUGAUGUCGCAGCCCUGAAAGCCCAGAUUCAGCGGUAUAUCUCAGGCUACGACCCUGUCAUUUCGACAUUUGAAGAGCCUAGAGUCGCAUUUCUUGUUCCCUCGGGAUACGAUUAUGUUGUCACCCAGUGGGCAGUUUGGGCAGCUGGAGCUGUUUCAGUGCCGUUAUGCACAUCCCAUCCGCUCAAAGAACUCCAGUAUACGAUUUCGGAUUCCAACCCGUCUCUAAUUAUUGUGCAUCCAUCAUUCCAGAAGUUUGAGGCUGGUCUGCAGGAACAGGCCUCUGGAAUCCCGAUCAUGUCCCUCACACCGCACGUUCCAAGCUCGAAAAACUUUCCGUUUCUCCCUCGAUUUUCUCCCAGUUUCCCAUCAUCUCGACGAGCACUAAUCAUUUACACAUCGGGCACGACUUCAAGACCGAAAGGGUGCAUCUCGACUCACGAAACCAUCACCUUCCAAGCACGCAGCCUGGUUGAGGCUUGGAAAUACAGCCGAUCCGACCAUUUGAUCCAUGUUCUUCCUCUCCACCACGUCCACGGCAUAGUCAACGGCCUUACUGCCACAUUGCUUGCUGGUGGGACGGUGGAAAUGUAUGCGAAGUUUGAUGCGAAGACUGUUUGGAAUCGGUGGUCUCAGAAAGGGUCGUCAACCAUGUUUAUGGCCGUUCCUACCGUGUAUUCAAGGUUAAUCGACUACUUUGAUUCCAGCAUACGUGGAACGACAUCCGAGCCGGCUGCGCGAGAAGGUGUGCGUGCCCUCCGUCUGAUCAUUAGUGGGUCGGCUGCUCUGCCGGUGCCCACGAAGCGAAAGUUUGAGGAGAUUUCUGGGCAUGAGCUACUUGAGCGCUACGGCAUGACUGAGAUAGGCAUGGCCUUGAGCUGCGGUUUGGAGAAGGAGAAGCGCAUCGACGGCAGUGUGGGAUGGCCGUUGCCGGGCGUGCAGGUUCGGCUGACGGACGAGAAGACCGGCCAGACCAUUACGUCUUCGGGCAAGGAUGAGUCAGGCCUGAUUGAGAUCCGCGGACCGAAUGUGUUUACCGAGUAUUUCCGGCGACCAGAGGCGACCGCUGAGUCGUUCACGGGAGACGGCUGGUUCAAGACGGGCGACGUUGCCAAGAGGGAGGAGAACGGCGCCUAUUUCAUUCUCGGGCGUGACAGUGUCGAUAUUAUCAAGAGCGGCGGCUACAAGAUCUCGGCGUUGGAGAUUGAAAGAAAGAUUCUGGGCAACGAGUACCUGAGCGGUCUUGUUGGUGAGGUGGUAGUUGUCGGCGUCGAGGACCAGGAAUGGGGACAGCGAGUCGCGGCCGUCAUCAAGCUGAAGGACUCGGCUGUCUCGACGGGACUCGACCUGGCAACACUGCGCAAACACUUGAAGGAAGACAUGGCCGCUUACAAAGUACCCACGAUCCUCAAACUUGUCGAGUCGAUUGAACGGAACGCGAUGGGCAAAGUCAACAAGAAGCAGAUUCUGAAGCAAUAUUUCGGGCCACAAGAGUGA